GGUGCGCGCCUUCCACCCCCGGCUUAGCCAUCGCGCCGCUCGCACCCUCAGCACGCGUGCUCCCACCGCGCGGGCACAUGCCACGCGAACACUACCGCGGUUACAGAACACCCUCUAUCUAAUCCCCACGAAGCCUCAAAGGAUACCCAUUUAACCCCCGAACUGUGAUAUGCCACUCUUACAUACCGGAACAUGCAGAUAACGCCGCAAAAUUCUCCCGCUUUUCUUGGCGGUCUCACUGUGAUGUUAUGAGAUAUUUAUAUUUAAGCGAAAAUGUAUGAAAUGUCAAUUCAAGAGUUAAACGGGAAGGGGCCCAAGAAGAGGAAAAAGUCGUUGGAGAAUAUCUGUGAUAAUAACGGGAAGGGAGUGGAGUUGAACGGGAGCGAAGAAAAGGCGAAAGGGAGUAGUGAUGGCUGUGACCAGAAGGCUGUUGGUAGCGAGGGUGUGGAGCUGCUCCACUGGCGCGACAUGCCGCAGCACUUGCAGUUCAACCCGUAUGUCCUCACGGGCUACAGACCCCUUCAGGACUGGGGCGGCUGCGUUAGGAGUCUAUUUUACUUCCACAAUGAAACAAUCAACAUUCUUACCCAUGGUGUAUCGCUAGUAUUCAUUGUGGCGGUACUGCCAGGGCUACUGCCGUGGGGCGGCGGUGGAGGCUGGGCGUGGUUCCUGUCUCUCUGCCAUCUCCUCGGAGCCUUGGCGCCCUGGUGCGGCUCCUUUCUGUACCACCUCUUUAUGAACCAUACGAGAGGUGCUAGUCUGUACCACAGACUGCUUCAGCUCGAUAUGCUGGGUAUUUGGGUCAGCCAGAGCAUAGGAGCAAUUCCGAUGGUAACAGCGACAGUGUACUGCGCACCCGCACCUUUGCGUUAUGCUGCUCUCGCCGUGUAUAGCCUUGGAAGCCUCCUUGGGUUGUAUAAGGCAAUGCGAGCGUGGUCACCAUGGGAGCGGCGGUUAUGCUUCGCUGCCCCGUUCUGCAUGCGGCUGUUGCUUGCCGGCGCAAGAGCGGCCCGGUUCGGCGGCGGCGACCCACAUGCUAUCCUGCAUGUCUUCCUACAGGACGCUGUGUCACUCGGAGGUGGAGUAAUCGGAGCCCUCCACAUUCCGGAGAAGUGGUUUCCCGGAUCAGUGGACCGCUGCUUGAACUCUCACAACAUUAUGCAUGUCUUGGUUGUGCUUGCUGUCUACUCCAUGCACCAGGUGACAACACGAGACCUUGCGUGGAUGUCUCGCGUGGAUUGCCGCAGUCCUUUGCGCCAGCUAUGACGGUAGUUUCUUCUCGCCUGACUUUCCUCCCUCACCAAAACGAUACAUCAAGACACGAUAAUGAUCCACCAAAAUAAAUAACUAAUAAUUUAAUAAUCAAAAUAGAUAAACACGAAAAAAUUAUGCUGGUAUUGUACUAUGGAUUUUUCGUUUUUAAACAAUGAAUAUGACAGAAAAAUAUUAUUACGCCAUAGAAUAGACAGUUUGUUGAAACAUUUUCUGUCUGUCCAAGUAUCUUAGAUGCAUUAAUUUAAGUGAUAAUUUAAAGUGAUUUCAAACUAAACACACAGAUAUGCGUCAUAGUCACAUAACAGAUUUUGACGAAUGUUAAGCGAAAGUUAUGAAAAACAUAUCUUUCACAACUUCAUUUUACCUCCAAAUAAAUGUUGUCGUUCAAAAAUGAAACUUGUAGACUCACUUACGCUUUUAAUAAUAUAGAAUAAGGAAAUAAAGCAAUAUUGUUUAACAUUUAGAAAGGAUUUAAAAUUGAUAUUGUGCAAUUAGUUAACAAUAUUUUUUAAUAAUGAUAAGUUUUAGAUGACAAUAUAAUGGCCUAGGAAUAGCCUCGUUGUUUUUAAAUUCUUUCUAAUGUUCUAAGUAAUUAUGAAAGCCACAUUAAAUAUAUAGUUCAAAGACGCGGCGUAAUAGCUAUAGUGUAUUGAUAAGAUUACACGUAAGAUAAAUUGUAGAAAACCUUCCGAAGACAAAAUAUGUGUUAAUUCGUCCAAAAAUGCGUGAACAAAUUACCUAAAGUAAAGUACAGCGCGUGCUCAAAAUUGCAAUACAUUAAAUUGGCUAAUCAAUAAAUUAAACUUCCUCAUAAGCAAUAGAUCGAAAAUAAGUGUGAAAUAACAUCAAUAAGGAAUACCGCUUUAGUUUAUAGACAGUCAUAAACAUAUGCAAAAUAACACGUUUAUAAUAGUACCUAAUACUAUUUUAGUGAAAUUUAAAAUUGUCUUCUUAUUAUUAGUCUUGUUCUCUACUAGGUAUCAAUUUUAUAAACGACCAAUUGGUGUGUUUUGUAAUGUAGAAAAUUUAUCGCUUGACAAUCUUAAAACAAUUUGGCCAUAAUUUUUUUUAUAGCUAGUUCUAUAGAUUUAGUGUUUUAGUCUAGCUCUAAGUCGCGUAGUUAGAUAGCAAAAGCAAUAAAUAGAUUUUAUUGUUAAGAAGUUUGACAAAAGUAGUACACCCAACAUCCAUUAGAUUUCAUUAAAAACAUACAGUGUCCUGAAAUGAGUGCGAAUAAUAAAUGAUAAUUAUAAAUAUAUGCUUUAAUAUUUCAUACACCUACAGGCGAUCCACCAGUUCCUUUCUGACUAUGACAUAAAAAUCUACAUGUCUAAAACAAAACUUGAAGUACGAAUAUACUUUUAUAACUUUUGUACGCGCUUUUUGGGGCACCUUCAUUUAAUUUAAUCAAACAAAUUUGUCGUACUCUUAUUGGCUUAUUAAUAAUAAUACUUUUGUCAAAAUUCGGUUGUUUUACAUUUUAUUAUAAAUAGAUAUCUUAUACAUAUUUGUAAGAAAUGGCGAUAUUCCCUGUCCAUUUUACGCAAUCACUCUUGCUAUUUAUUACUUUCUGCACUACGAAUGAACUAAAACUUGUAUUUUUGAAACAUAUUUCAAAUAUUUAUUUAUAAUGUACUCGUAAUCUUUUAUGUAAAAUAGUUAUUAUUUCUUAUUAAAUUAUUUAUUAGGCCAAAUAUCUACAUUAGAUUGUGACAAGUAAUUGUUGUAAGUUAUUAAAACUAUUUAGGUUAAAUAUAUAAAAUGUAAAAUGUUAUGAUAUAUAAAAAAAUUGAUGCAACGACCACAGUAAAACCGUAUACUCACCCAAAAGUUUCGAUUUAUUUAUUUAUUUAUUUAUUUGGUAAACAUUCAAUUAAAAAAAAAAUUAACUCCAUGAAAAAAUUUUGGAACUACUAUCAUAAAACGGACGGAUGGGACAUCUUCUAUUUUUCUGCACUUUGUAACUCCACAGUCUACGUCCACCCAAUAAAGGUACUCGGCCAAUGUCCAGCGUAAGUUUGUCUAUAAUUUGAGACCUGAUUCUGGUAGAGUCAAAUUACGAAUGGGACGCCAGUAUUACUAGAUGUAUGUUCUCGAGUCAUUUUUAUUAUUUACGAUAAAAUUAUAUUUCAUAUUUCUUUUUGUACUUCACACGCACCAUGGCAUAAUUCAGUUUAAAAUACGUUGUUUAAUUAUCUGUAGAAUUAAUUUACUUUUAGUAUUCUUAGUGUUAACUAUUUCAAAAUUGCGUCGUGCAAGGUCAUAAUUGUCAUAAUUGAUAUCUGUUUAUAUGCACAUUUUUAUUUUCAUACCAACGCAUUUUUUGAAUUAAUUUUCUUGUUUGAAAUAUUAUGAAUUUCAUUUGACGAUGAAAACUUACUUAAGGCAUUCCACUUUUACAAUUAAUUUUAUCCUUGUUCUUUUAGAAAAAAAGUCAUAUGCGCAGCAUUAACGAAACAAUUUUUUUUGUUUAUAAGUGUAUCUAAUUUUGAUUAAACCGAGUCACAAUCAUACGAUCUGUGCUUUACAAUAACUUUAAAAGGAGGUCUAAUAAUAAUAUGUAAUUACAAAACAUCAAGUCACGUCCCUAACGCUUAACCGUAACUUAUUAUUGGAUACGCCCAUGACGUAUUAUUUUCAUUCCGCGUGAUGAAAUAAAUAAAAUCAUUGUAAAUUAGAGGUGUGAUGACGUAGUUACCUAUACAAUGGUAUUUGUUUCCUGUUUCUUACAUCAAUUAACAGGUUGUUCGUGACAGAAAUCAAGUUUCACACAGUACCAAUGACCUCAAAAUUUAUUGCUGGAAAAACGAAAGAUUUUGGUAUUUAAAUUAUCUGUCUCAAAUAGUAAGAUAAAAACAGGAUAAUUCAAAAUUUCAUGUAAUAGCUUCAUUUUUUUCUGAUGGUUUAUACAAUAAUAAUUAUUCCAUAUCUAAAAGUUUUAAAUAGUAUUGGAAAAAUCGCAUUUACGGUUUUAAUAUUUUCUAUUCACACAUUGCUUGAUUGACCCGUUAACAAAUAACCUGUCAACAUUAAAGAAUCCUUGAAUUUAUGUUGAAAUACAGUACUAUUGUAUUGAUCCAGGUGAUUAUUCAUGUACUUACAAAGAAUAAGCCUGUACGUGGCUUCAGAGAAAUAAUUGGCGAACAAUACGGUAAAAUGAGUCAAACACAAGAUGUGUUCACGAAAUUUGAUGGUCGGAAAUUCUAAAACGUGACAUGACAAUUUUUUAUUGUAUCUGCCUAUACGCACGUGUGCUAGUUUGGAUGGUUUCCUCCGUCGGAAAUUGGAUUACUGUUGGAUGAUCAUUAUUCUUUGACAAUAACACUUACUUCUAUACUAUGUUAAAUAAAAUAAAAAUAUCGUUUUGUUUUAAUAUUCUGUUUUGUUUUAAUAGUCUUGCCUCAAAUUAGUUUGUGGAUUAGCUUCGCAACCAAUAUGUAUAAAAAGAAAAAUGUAUUUUUGCAACUAAACAUAGUUGCUUAUAUGGUGUCUUAAGAAAAAAUAUCGUUGUCUUUGCUAUUUUACAGUAAUAACAUUAAACAUAGAUAUGUAUCAUUACCACGAAGGAUUUUUUCACGUUUAAUACUUAAUAUUCGGAAGAAGUAGAUGGUACCUUGACAAAGAAUGACUAACACAAUACGGCAACAGCCUUUGUAACGAUAACCUAGACUUGAACACUGACUCAGUACACCUAACAAACUGACAUGGAGAAGUAUAUGAAAAUAAUGGCUUUUUAAAACUAAGUCUACUGUAUUACAUGCUUCUAAAUCUUCCUGAUAACAGAUAAAAAAUUAAUAAAGGAAAAAAUAUAAAAACAAAGAGUCAAAAAUAAAGAUAAGACUCUUUGUUUUGAUCUUUUUGUUGAUAGCAUUUAUAAAUAUUUAUAAAACAUCCUCACACUAUCUGAUAAUACUUUCUCGAAUCUAAUAAACUUAAAAAGUAAUUGGUAUGUCUUAAUAUAUGUCAAUUAUCACCUUGCUUGUUUAUUUACGAUAUUUACGUUUUAAAAAGAGUGAGACUUAAUUAUCAACGGAAUAAAAUCUAAAAGUUGCCCUUGUGGCCUUCAAAAAAAAAUCGAUUUGACCCACACUUCAGGCAUAUAUAUAGAUUAUGUUCUACAUAGUUAAAAAAUCGAAUGCACUUCAAUGCAUUAGUAUAUAUAAGCUAUUAUACUACGCUCAAAGACCGCUAACGCCCUUCACUAAAUCCUACCUUUUACAUAAUUUGAGCAAAACUUUCACACUCAGAAGGCAUACAUCCUUGCCACUGUGCGUCGAGGUCGGAUAGUUUGUCACCCACGACUCGACGUUCGCUAUGUGGCCUUUCUGUAAUUGCCAAAACGCACCUAAGGGUUUUCAGUAGAGCCACAUAUUUCAAAAAUUUCACUGCAACCACCCUUGUGAGCAAUGUUACGGGUCUUUGAGCGGAACAUAUAAUAUCUUUUCUGUCGAUAAUGUCUCAAUUUUAAUAUUAAGAACAGAUAUUGUGAAAUGUUAACUGUUAAGAAACUAUAUUAUCAAUUAAUUAUUAGUUGUUGAAUUACAGUUUCGUAAAUAAGAAUAUUGAUUGGUAUAAAGUAAUAUAAUUUGACUAUGGGUUGUAACUUACGACUAAAAAUAUUGUAGGUAUUUAUUAAUGAUCUAUUUCGUCUAACGUGACAUGCAGAUCGUAAUGAUCAUAACCGUUGAUUUAUGUAUAUAACUAUAUUAAAGGCACUUUUUUUUUAUUUUAUUUUUUUUAAGUAAAUUAAAAGAAUCAGGAAUGUAAUCAAUUAUUAGCUUUUCGUAAACUUUUCAGUGUUAUGUCAUACCAGUUUGUCAGUGCUGUACCUAGUUGUUUCAACACAUUGUUAAUGCUUUAGUCACUUUUAGGACAAAGAACGAUUCCCCUUUAUCAUAAAGUGACUCACAAAUUAAUCAAGACAUUACAUAUUCGGCUAUAAUAUAUGGUUUGUACUUUAAAACAUGAUGAAUCCUUUUAACUAGUCAUUGAGCAUGUGUACUCAUAUCAUAAUGGAAAAUCCGUAUCUAUACAUCACUUACGAUUAAUUAAACAGGAAAAAUAAUAUUUGUGAACAUAAUUUAAUCACUCCUGAGUAAUUAUAGUUUACUUAUAUAAAGUAAUUUGGAAUAUCUAUAAGUAAUAGAAUGUCAAUAAAAUAAAUCUGUGUCAAUUUAUUUUAUUGAGCACGAGCGUUAAUGUCAAAGUUUGUACUUGUGACUUUUAAUGUCUUCGUAAAAUGACAAUUACGAAGAUAUUAAAAGUUGUGGCCAAGCGAUGCCCUAUUAAAGAUAAAAAAAAAACAAUUUAUUAAUUAUAUUAGCCAUAAAACAUUAUAUUGAAUCUGGAAUAAAAAGCAACUAAAUAAAGAUACAUAAUAAAAUCAAACAUUUAUGAACAUCACGCCUAGACUUGUAAUGUGUGUAUGUAUGAUUUCCACCCUCGGUACCUUUACCAUUAUUAAUAUUACAUGUAUGGAAUUAUUAAAAAUGCCCCUCGUUAUCCUUGGACCCAUAAUAUAGCCAAGUCAAAAUGCGACUAUCUAUGUGGUUUUAUGAUUUUUAUUCACAUACCUAUAGUCUUCACCUAUUAAUUAUUAUUGAGUGAAUUUAAUUGCAAUAUAUUCUUUCUAACAUUCCCAUGUAAUUACCAUUGUUGACGUUUUUCAUUGUAAUUGCAGAUAAACUCGUUUUGCAGUCGAUAACCACUAUUAUAUGAAUCUCUUAUUCAAAUUAAACCAUUGCAUUAAAUUCAUAUAUAAUUUGUUACAUAGUGAUAUCUAAGAGCAAUAUAUACAGUAUUUCAAUUACUAUACAUUUAUGUAUCGUUGCAAACAAAUCAUUGAACUAGUCAGUAAUCUAUAAUCGAUUCUCUCAUCGUAGGCGUUAAA